AUGAAGGUUAUGGAGAUUACCAAUCACUUUGGGGUUGGAUUUGAGGACUAUUCCUCAGGAGGUACUUAGAAAGAGCAUGACUGGAAAAUUUAGGAGAGAGAAAUCUGGGAAAGUAUGUGAAUAGACGUCUGCAAAUGGGUGAAGGAUGUGAAGAUACUUAUCCCCCACCACUAUACUCCUCAAAAGAUGACUUCAGCUAAGGAGGAGUUCAAUAAUCAAGUAGGCAGGAUGACCCAUUCUGUGGGCAGUCAACCUCUUUCCCCAGAUCCUGUCUUUGUCCAAUGAGUGCAUGAACUAAGAGGCCAUGGCGGCAGAGAUGGGGCUUAUGCAUGGACUCAGCAAUAUGGACUUCCACUCCCCAAGGCUGACCUGGCUAUGAUUGCCCCUGAGUGCCAGAUCUGCCAAUAGCGGAGACCACUACUGAACCCCAGAUAUGGCACCAUUCCCCAGGGUGACCAGUCAGCAACCUAGUGGCAGUUUGACUACAUUGAACCACUUCCUCUGUGAAAAGCACAAUCCUUUGUCCUUACUGGAGUAGACACUUAUUCUGCUUAUGGAUUUGCCUCUCCUGCACCUAAUGUUUCUUCCAGAACCACCAUCCAUGGACUUACAGAAUGCCUUAUCCAUCAUCAUGAUAUUCCACACAGUACUGCUUCUGACCAAGGAACUCACUUCACAGCCAGAGAAGUGUGACCAUGGGCCCAGCAUUGUAGAAUCCACUGGUCUUACCAUGUUCCCCACCAAAAUGAACAAAAUGACCUGAUAGAAAGAUGGAACAGACUUUUGAUUUUACAAGUUACAGUGCCAGUUAGGUGUCAGCGGCCUGGAGGACUGGGCAGGGUUUUCCAGAAAGUGGUCUAUUCUUUGAGACAGUAUCGGGUAUAUGGUAUGGUUUCUCCCACAACUAGGAUCGAUGGGUCCAGUGAUCAAGGUAUGAAAAGGGAAACAGUUCCACUCACUGUCACGUCUAGUGACCCACUAGGAAAGAUUUUGUUUCAUGUUCCCCCAACCUUAAGUUCUGUUGGCCUAACUGUUUUGGUUCCAGAAGAGGGUAAUGAAAUGCUCCUGCCAGCAGACACAAACAUUCCUUUGAACUGGAAGCUCAGACCCCCUGGCCACUUUGGGCUUCUGACGCCCUUAAACCAGCAAGCUAAGAAAGGAAUAACAGUGUUAGGAGAGGUGAUUGAUGCAGAUUACCAUGGGGAAAUUGGAUUGCUUCUCCACAAUGGAGGUAAGAAGGAUUAUGUCUGGAAUGCAGGAGAUCCUUUAGGGCGUGUCUUGGUGCUACCAUGUCCUGUGAUUAAAGUCAACGAGAAACUGCAACAGACUAAUCAAAGCAGGAUGACAAAGGGCACAGACCCAUCAGGAACGAAGGUGUGGGUCACUCCUCCAGGAAAAGAGCCAAGACCUGCUGAGGUGCUUACUGAGGGUGGAGGGAAUAUAGAAUGGGUAGUUGAGGAAGGUAGUUCUAAAUACCAGCUAAGGUCACAUGACCAGUUGCAGCCAUGA